CUAGUAGGAAGUGAAACUCUGCAUUCCAUUAACACCCCUUCAACACCCACCAGUAAAGGCUUCUUUUUUAACCUACAUCACAUGAAGUACUGAGCAAUUAUUAUUGUUCGUGGACACAGGAAUUACCCAGCAAAAGAGUUUUUUACCAGAAUGUCAGCUUCCAAAGAAACACAACAUGCUCCCGGCUCUUAUGUCCCCUCAUCAUCCACAUAUUCCUACCAAGGAGAGCAGCCUCCACCCUACUCUGGAGCCCCACCAAUGUACAACUCACCCAAAACUGAGACAACUUGCACCCAUCAGUAUGAGUCUUUCUCUGACAUAAACCCAGAGAUAUCAUCGGACACGACUCCGCUGAUCUCCUCGUCUUCCUUUGAUGAUCAGACUGUGAGGAAAGGCUUUGUUAGAAAGGUGUUUAGCAUUGUGGCAAUCCAGCUGCUGUUCACCUGCACUGUGGUGUGCGUGUUCACCUUCUCCAGCGUGGUCAAAGAGGAAGUGCAGUCACACCUGUGGGCCUAUCUCAGCUCCUUCAUCAUCUUCCUCGUGGUUGUCAUCGCCCUUAACUGCUGCAAGUCCUUCAGUCGCCAACAUCCCUGGAACAUCGUUGCACUGUUUGUUAUCACUGUGAGCUUUUCAUUCAUGAUGGGGACCAUCGCCUCCUAUCACAAUACCGCUGCCGUGAUCAUCACUAUGGGAGCAACACUGGUCAUUUCUAUCACAAUAAUGGUUUUUUCAGUGCAGAAUCGUUUUGACUUCAGUAUUUGCAACAGUAUUUUGUUGGUUGUGAUUGUGGACAUCGCCUUGUUUGGGAUAUUUUGCUCCUUCUACUACACCUACAUUGCCGAAGUGAUCUAUGGAUGCCUGGGAGCUCUGUUGUUUUCACUGUACCUGGCAAUCGACUGCCAGCUGAUGAUGGGGAUGAUGAGCUACCGUGCGGAUCCAGAAGACUACGUCAACGCUGCUCUCCGUAUCUACCUGGACGUAGCCUUAAUCUUCCUCUUCCUACUGGGGAGGAGGUGAAACUGCAAACAAAACCCCCCCUGAAUACUUCAGAUUGUAAAUUAAAAUGUCCUUUAUCAUUAUGUACUGUAUGUUUGCACAGAAUA